GUCCCUGGUGCGCUGCUAGCUGCACUGAUAUCUGAGCGGAGCCCAGCGGGGCUGCAGCCUGUGCCCGGCGGCGGCGAGCGGGCCUCCCUCCCAGACCGGGCUCCGUCCGCCCCGUCGGCUCUGCACAGCUCCCCGCCGUGCCUCUGCCCCGGCCGGCCUGAGGGAGACCCGAGGCAGCCAGGGGCCCCGGCCAUGCCCCGAUGCCCCCGGGACAUGGACGAGGGGCCCGUGGACCUGCGGACGCGGCCCAAAACCGGGGCCCCCGACUCUGAGGCCACACUGCCCCUGAGAAAGCGGCGCUACCGGGAGCCCCAGGAGUCCCCCGGGCCCGGCAUCGCCCCAGCCCCGGAGCCCUCGCCCCAGAGCCCCAGCACGUACCCUGGCCUCCCGGGCCCUGCCACAGCCAUCUACUAUCCCGGCCCCUUCCUAUAUCCUGCACCAGCCCCAUUUUCUGUACUGAGCCUGCCACCACCCACCUACCCAGUGCUCUGCCCCCUGGAGAACCCACUCACUGCUGACAUUGCCAAGGCCACAAGACCAGAUGAGGAUGGAGACACGCCCCUCCACAUCGCAGUGGCCCAGGGCAACCUGGUAGCGGUUCAGCGCCUGGUCCACCUCUUCCAACAGGGAGGACGGGACCUGGACGUCUACAAUAAUUUAAGGCAGACACCCCUCCACCUGGCCGUCAUCACUACCCUGCCCUCAGUGGUGAGGCUCCUGGUGUCCAAGGGGGCCAAUCCCAUGGCCCUGGACCGAAAUGGCCAGACAGCAGCUCACCUGGCCUGUGAACACCGGAGUUCCAGCUGCCUUCGAGCCCUACUGGACACCUCAGCCCCUGGGGCACUAAGCCUGGAAGCCAGGAACUAUGAGGGGCUGACACCCCUGCAUGUGGCCGUAAACACAGAAGACACAGAAACUGUCCUGCUGCUGUUGGACCGAGGAGCCGACAUCGAUGCUGUGGACAUCAAGAGUGGCCGCUCCCCACUCAUCCAUGCAGUGGAGAACAACAGUCUGGCCAUGGUGCAGCUGCUGCUGCAGCAUGGGGCCAAUGUGAACGCACAGAUGUACUCGGGCAGCUCUGCCCUCCACUCAGCCUCAGGCCGAGGCCUCCUGUCCCUGGUCCGGACUCUGGUACGGAGUGGGGCUGAUAGCAGCCUCAAGAACUGUCACAAUGACACCCCACUCAUGGUGGCUCGGAAUCGACGAGUCAUUGACAUCCUGAGAGGGAAAGCUUCCCGCCCUGGCCCCCAAGCCACUCUGGGACCAACAGAGCCUAGCCAAGAUGGCAGUGCCCCCAUCUCCCCUGAAGGCAGCAGUCAGUUUGGAUCUAGUGGGCCACCAUCAGCAUCUCCAGCUUCCUCCUCGCCACCCCACUCUCCCCCCGAGGAUCCCCUCACCUCACUCCAGGGUCCCCAGAUAUUUUUCCUGCCAACCCAGUCCCCAACAGCGUUUCUUCCCUACACAGGGCCUCUUCGAGCCCCAGGCCGGCCUGUCCCACCAUCCCCUGCUCCUGGUGGGAGCUGAGGGAAAAAGAAGGAAGGCCUCUGGCAUAAAAGGAAGGGCCCCCUGAAAACUGUGAAGGCACAUGUCCCCCCUCCUACCAAGACUCACAGGACCAAGAUUUGCACACACCCCCACCCCAAACUUCCUCCCACUCCCCCUCCUUGGCUCUGACCCUCCACAGGGAGAACCAGACAUCUGGCUGGCACACCCCCCUGCCUGCCCCCCUCCUCAUUCCCCCCAGCACCCUCUGUCUAAGACAUGACCCCAGGGCUCGGGCUUGGGCUCCCUCCCUGGGGCUGUGGACAAUGUAAAUUAUUGGGGAUUUCAGUUUACUUUUGUAAUAAACUAUUUUUGUACCA